CAAAACUCGGUCGUGGGAUAAGAUACUAAUAGUGCGUGGGCGCUGCGCAGGAUGCACAAUUGGCCUUAAAAAGUUCGUGCGCUCACGUGAGCACGCUUAAGCAAGAAAGCUUCUCUCUUCCGAGCUGAGGGGGCUUCAAUGCGGUUUUUUAAGUGCCGAGAUUGAGGAGCUGAUCAAGAGGAGAAUCCUUGAGGAAUCACGAUGUCCUAGGGAAGCAUCGCACGGAUUGGUCCCUUAGACAAAUUGUUGAAGCUACUAAUACCUGCUCUCAUGGACAGCAUUACAAUGGCAGCCCCCUCUUUGCUGGAUCCGGGCACGGAGGAAAAUGUCAACCAGGCACAGAAAGAAAGAAUGAAGAAGAUCCUGAAGUCUCAAAUGCAGGUUCUGGUGCAGGCUAAUCGCCGAGCAGAGAAGGAGAUUGCUGAUUUGAAGCGCCAGGUGUCAGUGAGUAGGUGCAACCGCCUAGUAGCAGAGCUGAAGCAAGACCUGGCGGAGCAAGAUCAGGUCAUAGAGGUGCUGCGAAAGGAGCUCCGCCUGCGAGGGGCGUGUGAUGAAGAGAUUGACGAGGCGCUCCAUCGUCAACUCUUUGAGGCGGAAAGGGCUCCGGGGGCUUCAAGAGAGCAACUCAAACGAGACUUGAAAGAGGUCAAGGUAAAGCAGCAAACGCUAACGCUCCAGCUGGAAAAAGAGCGCACGUCCACCGCCCGGCACGUCCACUCCGCGGAGCAAGCUAAGGAACUGGCGAGACUGGCCGUGAAACACGCAGGGAAAGCACGGAACGGCGAGAACGUGGCGGGAAAGCGGGCGGCGCUGGAGGCCGUGAAGCGACUGCUCCCACUGGAAGCAGUCUCGGAGGUCGCCCAACAGGCGGAGGAUGUUGUCUCAGCCGUCGAUAUCCGGCGGGCGGAGGAAGAGAACGAAGCUGGAACGAUGUCCGAGAAGGACGCAAGUCCCCAGAAGCGUUGGACGGACGGUACCAUCUUGUCGCGCCCCGUCGCUGCCACAAUUAGGUCGAUGAAACGAACGGUGCCUUUGCAGGAGUUGAUGUCUAUGGUAAACAGUCUAGAAGAGAUGUUGGUAAAUCCACCCAGCGCAACCCAUGAAUUCCGGACUAACGGUUGAGCUAGUAGCGUAUUUUCACGACAGCCAUGGAUCGAUUCUUGCGGCGCGGGACAGUGGUCUUACAACCGCUGUCACCGCUUCUUUGAUAUGCACUGUCAUAAUUUGCACAGGUUAAAGCCGCG